AUGCAACAAAAAUCAAUCAAUUUAAUACAUCGAAAGUUUAAAUUCCCAGAAAUCGAGGGUUCUAAUAAAUCAAAUCGCUCAAGAGGUUCACCAACAUCAAGCAGAAAUAAUACGAGUUAGGAGAGGGAUCUCUCAAUCGAUGGUGGAAAUUAAAUAUAGGUGUUUAAAAUAAGAAAUCUUCAAGUUUCUGAAAGAAGUGAAACUCCAAAACAGGAGAAGGUAUUUGGAAUGAGCAAGAGUACUCGUCUGAAAAGUAGAUAGGAUCAAAAUGAGGAUUAUACUGACUAUAACUCACAGGAGUUGAUGUUGCCAAAAAUUUAUUCGCCAAUCUUAACUCCGAGCAAAAAUAGUGUUACCAAGAUGAAAGACUCUAUAUUUAAACCCUUGUUAUGUAGAUAGGAGAUUAUUGAUAAUCAAAUAAAUAUCAAAUUAUAAAACAAAAUACAUGAUUAAUUAAAAAAAGGAGUAAAUAUUAAAUGCUUAUAUUUAUCAUAACGAACAGAUGUGUAAAUAAAUAAAAUUAUUGUUUUGAAUUUUGAUAGUAAAUUUGACUAUUAUCAAAGGUUUGGUGCUUGGAAAAAGAAAAUCCUUUUGGGAACAGCAAAAUGAAAUAACAAUGUGCUCAUAAAUAGUAGGUUCAAAAUGUGAUAAUUCUUAUUGUGCCUGUGCAUUACAAAAAGAAUUGAAAUCCACUUUGUCUAUGUAACUGUAGUGUCAUACUUAGAUUAUCGAAACAAUUUUAUAUUGUCCUAAUUUUCGAAUGUAGCAUCAGAGGUCAAAUUUGGCAAUAAUUUUUGAUAGAAAGCAGAUUUUCUAUUGAUGCCGUUUACAGCAUAUCACAAAUUAGAUUGUCCGGUGGUGGAAUUAAAAUGAAAUAAAUAAUUUCCAACUUUGGUAGUUCUGAUAUCAAAUAGCUGUUAUACUUUGGAACAAUCGAAGGAGAAUCCUAGUAUCUUAAGAUUCCUAAGGAGUAGUUCUACUAUCAAGUUCCAAUCGUUUAAGCAAAAACUAGUGUUGUAAUCUACUUAUUCUAAUUGCAAAAAUCGAAAUUCCUAGAUUCUAAAUUAUUAUUUGAGAUUUGCAUGUUGAAUUGCAAUAAGUCCGAGAGUUUCAACUAUAAGAGGCCAAUCACAGUUGUGAAUUAUGAUAUAGAAUCGAUAAUAAAACAAAUGCUACAGAUGGAAGAAGAAGAUCUCAUUUAGAAUCAAAUUUACAAAAGCUUGUAAGUUUCAAUUUAAUUUUCCUAGAAAGUAAGAAGAUGAUCCAGUCGAAGAAAUUGAAGAAGAAUAAGAAGAAGGAAAUGAUUAAAAAAACACACUCCUGAUUUGGUUAUAUCAAGCCAAAAAAUUACUAUUGGAUUACUUUAAAAGCAUAAAUAAUGAGGAUUAAAUCCAAAAUCCCAUUAGCAUGAUUGGUGAUGUUUUGAGAAGAAAUACAUCGAUCUAAUUGAAUUUUAUUACAGAAAAUUAUGAGAAACAGUCAAAAAGACAUAAAUUGUAUCAUGAAUUAAAAAGUUCAGUAACAAAACAGACAACUUUCAGAAAAUAAGUCCAAACAGAUUGCUUAAUUAUUUAUGAUUGA